AAUAAUAUGUCAACUCUACUUGUACUAUUAUUUUUCUUGAUCCAUCAAACUAAUUGUCUCAACUUAGUACAAUCUCACAAUUUCUCUUUCUCAUCAUUUGAUUCCUCUAGCUGUGAAAAUGGAGGCAAUCUAAUCUGUUGGGGUUCAGUUAGUUCAGGCAAUGGUGGCCUUAAUCUCACAACUAAUCAGCCCAAAGAAACGAGCGACGUGGGACGAGUUCUGUUCCGUUAUCCUAUACUCGUAUGGCCAUCAUCUUUUUCCACCACCUUCACUGUCAGAAUCACAUCUAAUUCAACGGUAUCCGGUGAUGGAAUGGCGUUCAUCAUCGCACAGGAUAAUAACCCCUCCCCGCCAGAUAGUUUCGGUUCAUUCAUCGGAAUCAUGGAUCCUUCAACCGAAGGUGGUGUUCUUCGACAACUUGCUGUGGAGCUAGACACGUACAAGAACCCUCGUGAUAUAGACAAGAACCAUAUUGCUAUUGACACUACCAGUGUGGAGUAUCCAGUGGCGGUUAAGAGCCUUACCGAUAUUGGGAUUGAUCUCAAGAGUGGGAGAAGCAUUAAUGUUCGAAUCGAAUACGAUGGAUGGGAAAAAGAUCUUCGGAUUUACGUUGCGUAUGCAGGCGAAAGCCUCGUAAAUUUCUUGAACAACAAGAUAAUCAUGGAAGAUAUUGUUCCUCAGCUGGCUUACGUGGGCUUUACCGCCUCAACUGGCCAUUUCUGGGAGGUGCAUCAAGUUCUUGAUUGGAACUUCACUUUGUAUGAACUGCCAAACGAGUCACUAAAUCACGAGAUUGGUCGGAGCAAGUGGGAAAAAGCGUUGAAAAUCGUUAUCCCAACUGUUGUUGUUUUAUUAGUAUCUGUUCUGCUUUUCUUGAUUAGAGUUCGAAGCAGACGAAAAUUGAGUCUAGAAAGGAGAGACGACAUAGAAAUGCUGACGAAAAACGCAGCGAAUGCUCCAAAGUUUUACACGUAUAAACAGCUUUCGAAAGCCACCAAGAAUUUCAGUACAGAAAAUCUUGUUGGUACAGGUGGAUUUGGAAGUGUUUACAGAGGAGUUUUACCUAAUAGAAUCAUAGCUGUCAAAAAGAUUAAUGCAACUUCAAACCAAGAGCAAUUACUACUCGUGUACGAGUACAUGCCAAACGGAAGCCUCAAUAAAUACAUAGGAAAAAAGAACCCUCUCGAUUGGAAAACCCGUUACAAAAUCCUAACGGGAUUGUCAUCCGUUCUACUCUACCUCCACGAAGAAUGCGAAAACCCCGUUGUUCACCGUGACGUAAAGCCAAACAACGUAAUGCUGGAUUCCGAUUUUACCCCUCACUUAGGCGAUUUUGGUUUAGCAAGAUUGCUAGAAAACGAUAGUGCUUUUAUCACCACGAUGGUGGCGGGAACGAUUGGAUAUUUAGCGCCGGAAGUUAGUUACACGGGAAGAGCCACCACGGAGUCGGACGUGUACAGCUUCGGAAUGGUGGUUCUUGAAGUGGUGUGUGGCCGGAGAUCGAAGGGUUUGAUGGAGGAGGAGGAGUGUAGCUUGGUUGAUUUCGUUUGGAGUUUUUACGAGAAGGGUAGUUUGGUAAAGUGCGUGGAUAGUGAGUUGAAGGGGGAGUUUGAUGAGGAGGAAGUGAGGAGGUGUUUGGUAGUGGGAUUAGCAUGUUUGAGUCCUGACUAUAGUGUUAGGCCUAAGAUGAGGAAAGUGGUGCAGGUGUUUAUGAACGGUGAUGAUCGGAGUUUGAUGGAGUUGCCCGAGUGUAGGCCGACCGAGCUGUUUUUGUCGUUGCCGCCUUCUUCUUCGGGUUCGAAUACUGCAGAUGAAAUGACUAUGGAGUAUGAUAUUGUGCCAAGUAAGAGUUUGUAAGGG